UGAACAGAUUUGUGAAAAAUAAUUUUUACCGUUAGCAAAAGUGUUUGUCCGCCACAAUCCAAAAAAUAUACAGAUAAUAAUACUCGUAAUUAGAAAUUCUAAAAACUCAAAGUCAACUACUCAGUGAAAACAAUUAAAAUCGAAAAUGGUUGGAACGGAGGAGCAGGCACCAUUACCUUCACAAAACGGGACUGUCGGCCAUUACGAAAAGGGCAGUGCAAAACCACUCUCACCUUCAGAAUAUUCAAAUGAUGACAGAGUUUCUACGAUAUCCGAGAAGAGAACUAUAAUUGAACCGGCUGUAUUUCUAAUAUAUAUUUCCACAACAAUUGCUGGGGCCGUCUUGCAAAAUCAACUACUUUUUCAAACCUGCGUCGCUGUUUACGACUACGAUAAAGAUGUUUGUGAGCCACUGCUAGGAGUUAAAGCGAAAAAUGAUGAUGCGAUU